AUGACUUUUACUACCGACGACUGCCUCGGAAUCCAGUACAAACAUGAUGAUCCCUUGGUAAUCUCCUUGGAUCUCAACAACCCCAACGUUGUUUUUCGACGGAAGAAGCGUCGUCAAUAUCAUCUUCAGAAACUGCUUCGAACAGCUGAUCCUCGAGGAAUCAGAGGAGUCGCUAACAAAAGUCAGCUACCCCCUGAUCGGAUUCAACGGAUCCGCAGCGAUUCCCGAGGGAAAAUCACAUUACCAGUCACGGUUGGCGAAGGACAGGCAGCAAGAACCCUCCGAGACGAAUUCUUUGUGAUGGAUUGCGAUUCAGUGUACAAUGUCAUCAUGGGACGAACCAUAAUCCAUAAGAUGCAAGCAAUCUCAUCCACGUACCACCAAAUGAUGAUAUAUGUCUCGGACGCAGGCUUUGCUGAACGAGUUAGAGGCGACCAAGAGGUCGCAAGAAGAACCUGCCACACCGCUAUCCGAAAACCAAGGCUAGGAGACGGUUCUGAAGAUGAUGAAGGAAAGAAGGAUCCCUCGAGAGAGGAGAGCGAGGCAAAGAGGAGAAAGGCAGGCACGAGAAGUCUGGACAUUUUUGCAUGGUCGGCAGCAGACAUGCCAGGGAUAGAUCCGAAGAUGAUUUGUCAUAAACUGGAUGUCAACGUCGAAGCCCAACCAAUCAAGCAGAAAAAGAGAAAUUACACUUCGGAGAAAAACAAAGCCAUCGCCUAA